GCCCCAAACUGGAUAUAAAACCAACCCUUGUCCCCUCCCUGCAGCAGCCGCUCGUUGCAGCCAUGGGGCCGAGCGCUGCUGCGAGCUCUGUCCUCAUCCUGCUGCUGCUGCUGGGGGCCGUGGUGGAUGCACAGCCCCGGGGGAGGAUCCUGAGGGGUUGGGAGGCUCAGCCCCAUCUACGGCCCUAUAUGGCCUCACUGCAGCUGGAUGGGAAGCACAUCUGUGGGGGAUUCCUCAUCGCCCCGCAGUGGGUGCUGAGCGCCGCCCACUGCACCGAGCAGAUGGGAGAUAAACACUUCCAGGUGCUGCUGGGUGCUCAUUCACUGUCAGCUCCGGAGCCCCAUAAGCGGCUUUACAACGUGAAAGCACAAAUCGCCCACCCCGGCAGCAACAUCCAUAAUAACAGGGACGACCUCCUGCUGCUCCAGCUGGAGGAGAAAGCGGAGCUGAACGAGCACGUGAAGGUGCUGCCAUUUCAACGCGAGGACAGGGAGGUGGCGGCCGACACGCUUUGCGAUACAGCGGGAUGGGGGACGAUAACGCACAGCGGGAAGAGGCCGGAUCGGUUGCAAGAGGUUCAGAGGCCGGUGAUAAGCAGAGAGCUUUGCAACCAUCGCACCCGACACGACCGCACCAUCACUGAGAAGAUGAUGUGCACAGACUCCAAUAAGAAGGAUACCUGCAAGGGUGAUUCCGGGGGUCCUUUGGUCUGCAAUGGUGUGGCUGAAGGGGUGGUGACGGCUGGAUCUCGUGUCUGUGGCAACUAUAAGAAGCCGGCCAUCUACACCCGCAUUGCGCCCUAUGCUGAAUGGAUUGACAGCAUCAUGGCCUCCAGGGAUGGGGAUGAGGACGUGGCCACACGUUGAGCUCACACUGCUGGAUACAGUGGGAAUAGGGACCCUGAAUGGGGGGCUGAAUGAUGCCCAGGGAGGGGGAGACACUGCUGCAGGCUUUGCUGGACACAUCUGUAUUGCAACCACCACAAUAAAGCAACGCCAAUUGCUGCA